AAACACCUCCGCAGUCACAAGCUCGGUAACGCGGCUCCCACAGCACCAUCGGCGGCCGGCAUGACGCGGAGCAAGUUGGGGCCCUUCUGUUGAGGACUUUGACUGACGGUGGUGGGGGGGAAAAGUACCUUGUAUUUAUUUGGACGCCUUUACCGGAAGUAUAUAUUGGCGGCCUCUUCUGUUUUGUGUGUCCGGAGCGGAGGCGCUCGGAGCGGGCAAGGCGAGUGAGGGCGGCGGUGGUGGUGGUGGUGGUGGUACCGCUGCUAAACAUGAACAAGAACCACCGUGUGCCGAGUAAUCGUUCUCUGAGUGCCGUGGAGGUCAAAAGCAAGUUCGGGGCGGAGUUUCGUCGCUUCUCUCUGGACCGCUCCAAGCCGGGCCGCUUUGAUGAGUUCUACGGCCUGCUGCAGCAUGUGCACCGCAUUCCCAACGUGGACCUGCUGGUGGGCUACGCCGACGUGCACGGCGACCUGCUGCCCAUCAACAAUGACGACAACUACCACAAGGCCAUCUCCACCGCCAGCCCGCUUCUCAGACUCUUCCUGCAGAGGAAAGAGGAAGCAGAUUUCUUCGGGAGCGACUCGCUGACCAGGAAGAAAAACACGGGGCUUUCGGCUGUUCUCCUCCGGCCCGACGCCAACAGGAAGAAGCCGCCGGUGAUCAUCAGCCUUCCGAAGGACUUCCGCCCCGUGUCCUCCAUCAUCGACGUGGACAUCCUGCCCGAGACGCACCGCCGGGUGCGCCUGUACAAGCACGGCCAGGAGAAGCCUCUGGGUUUCUACAUCCGCGACGGGUCCAGCGUGCGGGUCACGCCGCAGGGCUUGGAGAAGGUCCCCGGCAUUUUCAUCUCCCGGAUGGUGCCCGGCGGCCUGGCGGAGAGCACGGGGCUGCUGGCCGUCAACGACGAGGUCCUGGAGGUGAACGGCAUCGAGGUGGCCGGGAAGUCUCUGGACCAAGUGACGGACAUGAUGAUCGCCAACAGCCACAACCUCAUCAUCACCGUCAAGCCAGCCAACCAGCGGAACAACAUCGUCCGAGGGAGCGGCGGCGGCGGCGGGGCGUCCGGUAGCUCCGGACGCUCUUCAGACAGCGGGGCCAGCUACUACGGCUACUCCUCAUCCGCCGGCCUCGCCGCCGCCUCCUUGGCGCCCUCACACAUUAUCCAGAACUUCCCUGUCGGCGAGAUGGACAGCGACGAGGACGACGAGGACCUGGUGAUCGAGGCGGAGCCCGACUUCGGCAUUCCGCCGCCUCCCCGCUACGAGCCGCACCUCAACCUGCGAGCGGCCGCCUCGCCGCCCCCGCUUUCGGUCAACGGCGGCGUGACGAGCAGCGCCAGCAGCGGCUCGCUGAGCAGGGCCAAGUCCUCCACGCCGUCGCCCGACAUAGCCGUGAGUAGGCGGAGUCUUGAGGAGGACGGCACCGUCAUAACACUGUAGAUCUGCACGCUAAGCCGGCAGCCAAUGACGGUGAAGCAUACUGAAAUGUAAAUAUUUCUACGUCCUAACAUUUACACCUAAAACACCUCCAUGCCCACGCGUGUGUGUGGACGCCACUCUGGCGCCACAAAUACUGCGGGCACAAUACACACACACACACACACACACACACACACAUACUGGUUAUCAUUUGGAAUGGGGACCAAGUUUUUGAUCAUCACUUGUGGGGACCACCCUUUCUACAGGUUGUGGAGGCAUAAAAAAAUUUUGGUAAAAUGGCCACUGCCCAGUUAGCUCAUACACGUCUUUAAAUCUCUGGAUUGAUGAAGUAAUGUGCUGAUCAUUCUUACUGGGGAAAAAGACUUCAUAUGGUUCAUGGGGACCAAAUUUAAAUCAUUUUGCAUAAUUCACACAAAUGUGUACGUGACUACUGAGGACCAUUUAUUAAAAAAAUUUUUAAAAAAUAAAUAAAAAAGUUCUAAUUAAAUAUGACAUGAUCCUCAGAAUACAGCACUACAGCGAGUGCAGUACCAGCUACAGCCCGAUGAGGGGGCUGCUGUGCAAAUGUCUCACACUCAAACUAACCCAGGGGUCGGCAACCCAAAAUGUUGAAAGAGCCAUAUUGGACCAAAAAUACAAAAACAAAUCUGUCUGGAGCCUCAAAAAAUUAAAAGCCAUAUUACAUAUAGUGUGUCAUGAGAUAUAAAUUGAAUUAAGAGGACUUAAAGGAAACUAAAUGACCUCAAAUAUACCUACAAAUGAGGCAUAAUGAUGCAAUAUGUACAUAUAGCUAGCCUAAAUAGCAUGUUAGCAUCGAUUAGCUUGCAGUCAUGCAGUGACCAAAUAUGUCUGAUUAGCACUCUGCACAAGUCAAUAACGUCAACAAAACUCACCUUUGUGCAUUCGUGCACAACGUUAAAAGUUUGGUGGACAAAAUGAGACAGAAAAAGAAGUGGCAUAGAACACGUCCUAGAAAGUCGGAGAAAGUUAUACAUGUAAACAAACUACGGUGAGUUCAAGGACCGCCAAAAUUAGUAGGACAAAACGGUGCUCGCCAAAUACUCGAAUCAGUGAAGCAUGUUUAAUAUAAACAGUGUGCUUUAUAACAAUUAGGGAGGUUUGCGUCAUGUUUGUCCUCCUACAGAAACCAUAUUGAAACAAUUUUUUAUUUUUUUUUCCACCUCAUCUUUUUCCAUUUUUCAUAUAUUUUUGAAAAAGCUCCAGAGAGCCACUAGGGUGGCGCUAAAGAGGUUGCCGACCCCCGCACUAACCAGUAAACAUGUUUUAUGGGCCAAAGCCCACUUAGGCAUCUUCAGAAUGGAUCUGACUAUCAUUUAAAAAGGUUUCCCUUUAGGGCACCUGUUUUUUUGUCUCCAUACCGUCAAAAGUCCCCUAAAGGUGACUGUGUAAACAGAGCGAUGUCCCCAUUAAGUUAGCAUUGCCAGAACACACACACACACACACACUUACACACACUUCUGUAUCUACCUGAGCUUCCUCCAGGGGGCAGAAGUGAGCGCCUUGAUGAAGUCCAACACACAAACGACUUUUUUAGCACGACAAUCGUCCACAAGACGUUGAGCAAGCACUACAACCUGCAAUAAUAACAAUAUUAUUAUAAUAAUGUUUUUUUUGUUUCAAGAGCAAACUUCUGGGCCUCUCAGAUGCUUAAAAAAAAAAUAUAUAUAUAUAUAUAUAUAUGAACAAUUGACUGAUCAAUCAUAUUUUUGAUACGCAUAUCGAAGGUCCAUAUCGUAUUGGGUUCAAGCAGCUCGUCUGUUCCAGGGUCAAACUGUGGCCGUCGCCACAGGCAAUAUUUGAACAUUUUUCCACUGUCAUUCAAGUGUAAAAAGAAGCUAACUUGACGUAUCUUUUGAUAACCUCGCAUAAAGACAAACAUUCCCUUUUUAUCGUAUUGAUUUCUAACUGGACGGAGACACUUGGCCCCCGACGACCGACUAGUGUGGCGAAUUAGCAUAAAAGACCGAGCGAACUGCGGAAUAUUUGUACUAUACACAAAAGACGACUUUUUUGGGGAAACUGUAUUUUUAAACACUAAAUAUGACAAAAAACAAUGUUCUUUUUGCGCCACCUGUAUUAAUCGUUAGACUCAAAUAUAAGACAAGUCUCAUUUUUAGCUUUUAUCCAGGGAGAAAUACAUCUCUUAUAUUGAGGUCAAUUUAUGGUUGACUUUGGCAAAUUGUACUGAGCAGCCAGACAAGCUGCUUUUCUUAUGUCUAUGGUUAUCGUCACACUUUUCCCUCAUUGCCAUGACUGGUGUCCUUCUGUGUUGAUGUUUUGUUGCUACUCUACCACUAUGUUGAGUAAGUUCUAUGGUUAUCACACUUUUUUCUCUUUGCCAUUACUGGUACCUUCAAUGUUUUGUUACUACUGUCUAUGGUUAGUAAGUUCUAUGGUUAUUGUCACACUUUUCCUCUUUGCCAUGACUGCUACCCUUCUGUGUUUUUUGUUGCUACUCUACCACUAUGUUUAGUAAGUUCUAUGGUUAUCAUCACACUUUUCCUCUUUGCCAUGACUGCUACCCUUCUGUGUUGACAUGUUCUCGCUACGCUACCACUCUGUUUAAUAAGUUCUAUGGUUAUCGUCACACUUUUCCUCUUUGCGAUGACUGCUACCCUUCAAUGUUUUUUUACUACCCUGUGUCAAUGGUUAUCGUCACACUUUUCCUCUUUGCCAUUACUGCUACCCUUCUGUGUUGUUUUGUUGCUACUCUACCACUAUGUUUAGUAAGUUCUAUGGUUAUCGUCACACUUUUCCUCUUUGCCAUGACUGCUACCCUUCAAUGUAUUUUCACUACCCUAUGUCUAUGGUUAUCGUCACACUUUUCCUCUUUGCCAUGACUGCUACUCUUCUGUGUUGUUUUGUUGCUACUCUACCACUAUGUUCAGUGAGUUCUAUGGUUAUCGUCACACUUUUCCUCUUUGCCAUGACUGGUACACUUCAAUAUUUUGUUUCUACCCUGUGUCUAUGGUUAUCGUCACACUUUUCCUCUUUGCCUUGACUGGUACCCUUCAAUUUUUUUUUACUACCCUAAGUCUAUGGUUAUCGUCACACUUUUCCUCUUUGCCAUGACUGCUACCCUUCUGUGUUGUUUUGUUGCUACUCUACCACUAUGUUUAGUAAGUUCUAUGGUUAUCGUCACACUUUUCCUCUUUGCCAUGACUGCUACCCUUCAAUGUUUUGUUACUACCAUAUGUCUAUGGUUAUCGUCACACUUUUCCUCUUUGCCAUGACUGAUGUCCUUCUGUGUUGUUUUGUUGCUACUCUACCACUAUGUUUAGUAAGUUCUAUGGUUAUCGUCACACUUUUCCUUUUUGCCAUGACUGGUAUACUUCAAUAUUUUGUUUCUACCCUGUGUCUAUGGUUAUCGUCACACUUUUCCUCUUGCCAUGACUGCUACCCUUCAAUGUUUUUUUACUACCCUGUGUCUAUGGUUAUCGUCACACUUUUCCUCUUUGCCAUGACUGCUACUCUUCUGUGUUGUUUUGUUGCUACUUUACCACUAUGUUGAGUAAGUUCUAUGGUUAUCGUCACACUUUUCCUCUUUGCCAUGACUGAUGUCCUUCUGUGUUGUUUUGUUGCUACUCUACCACUAUGUUUAGUAAGUUCUAUGGUUAUCGUCACACUUUUCCUCUUUGCCAUGACUGGUACACUUCAAUAUUUUGUUUCUACCCUGUGUCUAUGGUUAUCGUCACACUUUUCCACUUUGCCAUGACUGGUACACUUCUGUGUUGACAUUUUGUCGCUACUCUACCACUAUGUUUAAUAAGUUCUAAGGUUAUAAUCACACUUAGCCAUGACUGGAACUCUUUGUAUGGAUGUUUUGUUGCUACACUACCACUAUGUUAAUAAGUUCUAUGGUUUUCUCUUUGCCAUGACUGGUACCAUUCUGUAUUGACAUUUUGUUGCUACUCUACCACUAUGUUCAAUAAGUUCUAUGGUUAUAAUCACGCGUUUUCCUCCUUUGCCAUUACUGCACGGUACCCUUCUUUGUUAUCACAAAAAAGCCAAAGAAAAAGCUGGUGUGGCCCUUGCAGGCAUGUUUUUGGUCCUGUCUCCAAACUGUAGAAUGUUCAGGUUGUAUUUUGGCAUAUUUCCUUCCUGUCCCUGCUCCAUAUUUCUACAGAUGUGACUUUUAUGGUCCGUCCCCGCAUAUUUCCUUGAGCUUGACAGAAAAUGUUUUUUCUAGAAGGGUCCAUAAAUUGAAAAGUGUCUGUUUACUUCCACGGUGGAUAUUUGGCACAUUGAUAGCAACACUGUAACAUGAAGAACACGAAGGAGUUUAUCUUCAUAUGUUAAAAUGUCUCUUUUUAAAUAUGUUUCGCCCCAAACAAUCCACCCUUGUGUCCAUUUAGUUUUUUUUGUUUUUUUUUCUUACACAUGAAUGACAUUCAGUGUGUGAUUUGAUGAGAGCAAUAUUUGUAAUGAUUUAUUUGUUUGGAAGAUUUCAUUUUGUCUUAUACUUUUGUAUAUGCUGGAAAUUAUGAUUAGAAUCUGUUGAUGAGACUGUGAUUAUCUAAGACUGGAAACACACACAUCUCUACUGUACAUGUUUGAAAUCCUAAUGUGGUACAUGGGAUACUAAUGUGUCAUUCCUACUGUAACUCAUGUUAAAUGAUUUCUUUACCUGCAACACUUGUAUUUAUCAUCUAAUCAUGCCCUCUGUCUACGUAUUUUAUGACUUGAUUUUUCAUAAUCAAUAUGUUUGUUUGUGGAUGAUAUCAGUAGCAGACUUUUUGGCUUAAACAGGGGGAGUUUUUAAAGUUUUUUUUUUUUUUUCCAUACUGUGAAUUCUUAUUUGAAAGCAGAACAUUUUCAUCUUUCCUUUCAUGUUUUUUUUUUAAAAGAAAUUAUUGAACUACGGCGUCAUGCUUGCCAGAUAAAAUACUGUUAUAUAUUUAGAUUUGUAUUGAAGAUUUGUCAGUAUUUUCAUAUUGGACGCUUUAAAUGAUGUACAUUUUUAUGACAUAGUGAAUAUGUUUCUUACUGGAGCUGUAUGAAUAAAUAGAUGUACACCUAUACUUGUUGAUCGGAGGAGAUGGAUGGAAUAAUAUUAAAUAAUAAUAAAUUAUAUG